UUUAACACUGAGGAAUUGGCCCGUGAAACGGAGAAGCUGCGUGAAAAAAACGCCGAGCUUCAAGAUAAAAUCGACAUACUCAUCGGAGCCAUCAAAGAAUUGAGCGACCGCUAUGAUCUUCUAAAGCAUGUCCCCAUCUAUAGGCGUUAUCACAUAUUAAAGGAUGCUGUAAAAAAAUUAAUUCAAACUAAUGCAGACCAUGACUGA